AUGUUGGCAUCUGCUUCCCGUUCCUUGGUGGUCCUGGAGUGCGAUGGCUCCGAUGGAUCGAGCAGCCCACAAGUCGGUGACGAGCCGACCUACCCCAUCCUUCACUCAGAGCUCCCUUUGGAGGGCAAAGCGAAAAGCUUGGCUUGGGACACCGUCGGGAAGCGCGUCGUGGUGGCCGUGGGAAGCACCUCGGAGCCUCAAGCUGACCGGCUCUGCUUGUGCGAGACCCUAGGAGACGAGUCGCUGGUGGAGUACGUCUCCCUCCCGGCAGGGGCAAAAGCCACCGGCCUGAGCUUCUACGCGGAGGAAAAGCGGAAGGCUUGGGUGGCCGUGUCCUGCACGGAUGGUGCCGUAAGGCUCAUCGAUGCAAGCCCAGAAAGGACGGCAUCGGUGGUGCGAAGCUGCUACAGCCACGGGGUCGCUGCGACGGCCGUCGCCAUCUCGGCACACGGAGGGCAGCUGGCUUCGGGGAGCUCCAGUGGCCACGUGGUCUUGCAGCCCUUCCACGGCACGCAGGGCCCGACCCCCUUGCCAGGCCUCCUGGACACGGAGUCCCCGAUCGAGAGCCUCUGCUACUCCUCGCUGCGACAGGAGCUGCUGGCAGCGAGCGACAGCAGCGGAAGUUUGCAGAUCUGGGAUGCGACAGCGCUGCGACACGUGUGCCGCUUCGCCGGCGCGCACCGAGGACCUGCGCGGGGUUUGUCUUUUUCGACGCAGAACAGCGACCUUCUCAUCUCCGGUGGGCAAGAUGCCGAAUUAGUCUUCUGGGACGUGAAGAAUUCGCGGCAAAUUCAAGAAGUCUCCGUCGAAGCUGGCAUCAGUUCUUUGUCUUACCAUUCAGGCGGCUAUUUGUUGGCCACGGGCACCUGCGAAGGCACCAUCCUGGUCUUCGACCUGCGUAUGCUUGUGUCCAAGAAGCAACCUGCCGACCCUGUCCAGCGUUACGAGAGCCCGGACAAAGGAGCCUUGGUGGCCUUGGCCUUUGCUCCCGACUUGUACUCGGAGGGCUUGGGGGCGACCCUGCGCCCAAAGGUCAUCACUUCAACGGCCAUCUCAGGAAAUCCUCAAACGGCCCAGGCCCAGGUGUGGGCUUCUGCUGCUGCAGAGGAGCUUCACGAGGACAACGUUGCCCAAAGCUUCGCCUCCAUCGAUUCACUCAUGGACAGACUUUCCAAGCGGGCUACGGCCCAGGCCAAGCCAGACGUGGAAAGGGUCUCGGCCGCAGAGGUCUCGGCCAGCCGGAGGACAUCGAGUGCCGCGCCGGGCGUAACUGUUCAAGUUGAAGCCAAGGGGGUCGUUCCUCCGUUGCCCAACACCGGCAUCGGCUCCAGGAACUCCAGCGGCAGCGUCUCGAAAGAGGAGACACCCAUCGAGAGCCGAAGAAGCUCCCAGCAGGUGUCCCGAUAUAGCAUCGCCAGUCCCGGAGAAGAUGCCGCCGCGGCUCCAAGCCCGUGGUGGAAGGGCGCGGAGGAGGCAAAGACAACUCCGACGCGCAGCAUUCCACAGGCACUCUCAGCACCCUCGCCAUCACCAGCUGCACUGGCGGAGGCCCUGAGGCCUUUGUUGGCGGAGCUGAAGAAGGACUUCAGCCGGCAAGUCCAGGAGGCACAGUGUGCCGUCAUGGAACAAAAUUUCCGCUUGCACACAGAGCUGCGGAAGGAUUUGGAUUCACUUCGCGCUGAAGUGCAGCAGCUCAGGGGAGAGAUGCGGGCAUAG